AUGACUGACAACACUCGCGACCUGCGCUCACUCAGUACCCUCGCAGGCAAAACCGUGAUCGUAACAGGCGGCGCAAAUGGCAUCGGAGCCGAGACUGUGCGAUUCUUCAACUCAUAUGGAGCGAAUACAGUCAUCGCCGAUCUUGAGCGCACUCGUGCUGAGGCAGAAUCGCUUAUUCGAUCCUUGCAGCAUCCCUCCUCUGCGCUUUUCAUCAGUGUCAACAUUCUCCUCUGGGAUGAAAUGAGAGCUCUUUUUUCUCAGAGCAUAUCGCACUUCGGUAAUAUCGACAUUGUGGUAGCCAAUGCCGGCAUAAUGGAGAGCACUAGUCUGUUCGAUAUCGAAAACGUUGACGAACAGGGGGAAUUGCGCGAAUCGAUAGAAGGGUUUCGCGUGAUUGAUGUCAACCUCAAGGGAACCAUCAAUACGUUACGGCUCGCACUGCAUCACAUGCAGCACAACGAACUAGGUUCCUCUGAUGGUCUGAGAGGAUCUGUGGUUCUUGUUACUUCAACAUCAGGCUAUUUUGGAACUACUGGCGUAGGGGCAUACAUCACAUCUAAGCACGGGCUCACGGGCCUACUUCGAGCAUCACAGCAAGUCGCUCGAGGCCUCGGUAUCGGAGUCAAUGCUGUUGCUCCGUUCUUUACACCAACACCAACGUUCAAGGAGUUGGGUGAGAAGUGGAAAGACUCAGGCCUAAAGUCGAAUACUCCAGAAGAUGUCGCUGAGACUAUCGCUCUUGCCUCUACGCAGAAUGAGACUGGAAAAUGUUACAUGGUCGUUGGGGGAAAGACGGUAGAAGUAGAAGAUAGCAGAAGCGCACUUGUUGAACAAUGGCUUGGACGAGAAGCUGCAGGCUUGUUGCAAUCUGCUAGCAAGCUCUUUGAGGAUAAAGGCUAUCCCUUGCCUAAUAAAGGGCAUGAGAAACCUCACACAGAAGGCUUUAGUCUACCCCACAACAAGUAUAAAUAA